CACCAAUUCAAUUAAGGGCUGAUUUGCGAAUUCUCCUUCAAAGCCACGCACGAGUCCGCCUCUGCCCAAACCCGCCGCUGCCUUCUGUCGAUUUCCAGCCCUCUUCCACUCUCUUAAAACCUCGCCGACCAGCGUCCUCCCCUCGACCUCCGCCGGCAUGGCGACGGAGGAGUGGACAGAGAUAUCCGCCGCCGUCUACUUCGAGCUGAAGCAGGCGUUCGAGAUGAUCGACCGCGAUGGCGACGGGAAGAUCACCAAGGAGGAGCUCGAGUCGCUCCUGAGCCGGCUCGGCGCCGAACCUCCGAGCAAGGAGGAGCUGCGGCAGAUGCUCAGCGAAGUCGACCGCGACGGAGACGGCUGCAUCACGCUGGAGGAGUUCCACGCGAUCGGAUCGGCUUUCGCGCCGUCGACCGACAGCUCGGAGCUGAGGCACACGUUCGAUUUCUUUGACCCCGACCGCGACGGGAGGAUCACGGCGGAGGAGCUCUUCAGCGUAUUCAAGACGAUCGGCGACGCGCGGUGCACGUUAGAGGACUGCCGGCGCAUGAUAAGAGGCGUAGAUAGAAACGGGGACGGAUAAAAGGAGAGAACAGGCGGCUCCGUUGCUCGCCGAAGAGAAGCAGCACUGCAGCAGUGGUCACAGCCAUCUGGAGAUGCCGAGGAGCCUAAAAUCACCAAGAAACA